AAUUGAGAAACUACAAAGACGUUUAUAUUCUUUCAUCAUUUCCAGUUGUCUAGAAUGAUUUCUGUCAUUAAGGUGUAGUUUCGCGAUCUAACAAAGGAAUUUUGUGUUUAUGACGUCAUAGGAAUGAUUAUCCGGUCAAUGAAUCUGACCUAAAAAAAAAAAAUAAUGGUCAAUUAUUUUGGUUAUUCUCAUGAAAAUAUAUGAGUCGGUUGAAUUACUUGAUUUGUAUUGGGUAGAAUUUUUCAUUUAUUUUUUGCCAUUCCAAUGCGAAAUCAACUGAACUACUUAAAUAAAGCUACCUUGUGUAAAUAUUUUUGAUGAAUAAUAUUUUCAAUAUACUAUUAUUUAAUACUAGCACUAAAAUUUGAAAUAGAUAAAACGUUGUACCCAAAAUUUAAGAAAAUGAAAUAACCGAAAAGUAAAUACCCAAUGGGCGCUUGAAGCUAGUGACAUAUAUGUCAUGCGUUUGAGAAUUUUCUGUGAUUUUUGCUUUCUUUUGAUUUGGAGUUUGGCGCGAAAACUGUUGUUGGUGUGGUCAUCGGUUAUGAACGUCAAGAAGUCGGGUUAGAGUUUAUACAAGUAAGCAAAAAGACGAGUAAUAGGGAGAAUGGCCCACGAAGAUGAUUUAUUGGCUUGUUUAUUGGAUGUGGCUGAAGCUGAAUUGAAUUCUUUGAAUAAAAAGGAAAACAGUAAUGACCAAUCAUCUACCCAAAAUAAUACCUUCCAAAACAAAAGUGGUAGAUCAUUGCAGGACAUUGAUCUAUUUUCUUAUAAUACCCAAGACGAACUUGAUUCAAAUACAAGGAGUGCCGAAGAGAAUCGCAGUUUAAUUCACGAAGGAUUUACAGAUUCCUCUGAUGAUGAAGCCAAUAAGAAUUAUGAAAACAAAAAGUAUAGCGAAUCUGGACAGUCGAUCAAAAAUCUUCUUGCUCAUUCUAAAUCGUUUCAUAGUGCUAGUAAACAUGAUGUAAUGACAAAAAAAGCUACCCAAACGACGAGUUGGAAAAAAAAUGGAAUAGCAGGCCAAUUGCCCACCACAACCAAAAAAGUAGCUGCAGGAGUAGGAGGAUCUUCCAAUGUAGUGGCAUCUGAUACAAUGUUUGGUAUUCGUGUUAUAAAUCCAGUAAUUUCUUCAAAAAACUUGGAAGAUAAAAUGAUUGGUCGUAAAGUAGUGCCAAUACACAAUAUAAACAAUUAUCUCAGGACACUUGGCCCUAAUGAAGACUGGGUUAUAGCAGGAGUGGUUUGCAAUAAGGGGACUACUAGAACUAGUGCCAAAGGACAUCAAUUUAUGAUUUGGACCAUCAGUGACUUAUUAGGUGAUAUCAAAACAGUAGCUUUAUUUCUGUUUGGGAGUGCUUAUGAACAGUUUUGGAAGACUCAGGUGGGAAGUGUUGUUGGAAUUUUGAAUCCAUCCAUUCUUGAUAAAAGAGAAGGUUCUCGGGAUGAGGCUGCUCUAUCUGUGGACAAUGCUCAAAAGUUAUUGGUUUUGGGUCAGUCAAAGGAUUUAGGCACCUGUAAAAGUACAAAGAAAAAUGGUGAUAAGUGUACCGCUAUUGUUAAUAAAAGUGAUUGCGAAUGUUGUGUAUAUCAUAUUAAGAAAGAAUACCAAAAUUGUAGUCGUAGAUCUGAAUUGCAAUCAAAUUUCUCAGGAAAGGGUUUAAUUGCUCUCAGGAACAAGGUUCUAGGAAAAAAUGAAGUAUUUUAUGCUGGAAAAUCAUACACUGCUAUACCAGCAAAACAAAGUAGGAAGAUGAUUAAGAAAGAUAAAGAUAGGUUACAGAGUCUGAACGGCAUCGUAGCUACUUCUACCACAAAAAAACCAACAUCCAAAAAAGCAGCCACUAGUUUCGAUGUAGAUAGAGGCCAAAGAUUAAAAGACAUGGAAACCCUUCAAAAAUUAGGGGUUAGUGUGGAAAAAUUUGGAAAUAGUCGUGUUAAUUCAAAUACCCCUGUUAACCAUUCCAGUGAAGUGACUUUGAAUGAAGCCAAAGCAAAUGCUGUAAAAAUUUUAUCUAAAGUGCAAAAGAAAGCAGAAGAAAAAACCCUGACAAAAAGCAAUGCAAAAUCCAGUAACACAGAAAAUAAAGAAUUUAAGAAAAACCCUGAAAUUGAUGAUCAAUACGAUAGAUUACAAAAAUCUUUAGAUGAAAUAGUUCAAACCAAUUUCAUUGAUUUAGACCUGAAUUUCAAAGAAUUAAAUACUAAAACCUCUUCAUCAAAUAGUAUGGUUGAGAAUUGUAAGAUUACAGAAAAAUUAAAUAAUCGACAAACAUCUAAGGCAGUAGCACCUUCAAAUUCCUCUACAUCUGUGAAAAAAAAUAGUAUUAGUGGUAAUGGAGUCAAUCAAGUCCAUCCAUCAAUAAGUUCUUCCGGAUCGGCAUCUAGUUCUAGUAUUACAGAGCCAGUUUUCAGUAAAGCUUUACUUUCAAGUACAUUUCCAUCAUUGUCAAAUAAUGGAGGUGUUGUUGAUUUAAGUAAACCACUCCCAAAAAGAAUGCAUAAAGCUAAAUUGAACGCUUUGAGUUUCAUUAGAAAGAAUGGUCCACUAGAGAAAUCGAAUCCUAACAAUGUUAAGGGAAAAGGGUUGAAAAGAGAUUUAGACGAGUUGAAUCUUGAAGGCAACCCGAAAAAAUUACAAAAAAUUCAGGAGAACGAAUUUAUUUCAGACCGCUUCAAGAAAAUGAUGGAGUUACAAUCGAAGCACAUGGAUCUUGUGGAGUUGAGAGAUAACGAGGAAAAGGAGAAAUAUUUCAAAAAGCAAGAAAUCAAGGAAAGAAUGGAAGAAAAAAUGGCCAACACAUACAAAGUUGAAUGCAAGGCAGUAAGGUGUUUGGAUUGUAAAUAUACCAAUUUCUCAGCAGGUGACAAAUGUAAAGCGGAAAAGCAUCGUCUGGUCUAUAAGAAUGCCACAAAGAGAUUUUUCAAAUGUGGCAAUUGUGGAAAUCGUGUAGCUUGCUUAGAUAUCAUUCCUUUGAAUGCUUGCAAGAAUUGUGGAGAUGCAAGAUGGGAAAAAACGACAAUGAUGAAAGAAAAGAAUAUCACAAAUACAGUUGCCUUAUCGAUCAGAGGGGGUGAACAAGCAUUUAUCAACUCGGUGGUUACCGACGCAAAUAUAAAUUUGCUGGUUCCAGAUGAAAGUUGAUGAUUGUUUUCAAAGAUAUUCAAAAAAGUGCUUGUGAAUUAAAUUGCAGAUUCUGAAAUAAUAUAUUUAAUUUUAUCUGAGAAAAAUUGAAGCUUUUUUCUUAGAAAUGAAACAUUGUUAUUUUAUAUUUUUGACUGAAGAAAAAAUUAUAUUAUAGAAUUUUUGCCUUCAAGUGUCAUCUUUUAUAUUCCUGUUUCUCCUAUAUUGAAACUGACUGAGGAAUUUAUUAUUGUGUUUUUGAAUCAAAACAUUUUUGUUCAAUAAUAAUAUAGAAAAAAAUAUGUAUAUGAAAAUUCGAGAUCCAUUAAGUGAUCCUCUGAUUAGAUAGGCAUACAUCAAUCUGAAUGUUGAGAACUCUUCUUAUUAAACAGAAGGAUCCAUUAAGUGAUCCUCUGGCAUAUAUCAAUCUGAAUGUUGAGAACUCUCCUUAUUAAACAGAAGGUGCCUUAAAGUAGAAUAUUGAAUUCAACUAAAGAUUCCUUUUAACGAAUAAAAUACUUUUUUUGUUUACUAUUUUUCCAUAUAAGCAAUACAUUUUCUCACAACAAGCUAAUGCACUCCUGUCCUUUUAAUGUUUAUACCACUGAGAUAAUAGAACUAUCACUGUGAAAAUCGAAGUUCUAUGAAUUAUAUUAGAUCUAUUUCCAAAAGGGCUGAGUGGUACCGCUUUAAGUCAGGUGAAGUCGUCUCCACUCUAUUCUAUUUCGAAGAUCACGAUCACAGCUCACUGGAUCAUAAUUUGAAUUUCUCUGAGGACCACUGAAGAAUUGAUUGACAAGAAACCAUAAAGUGUAGUACUGGACCACAGUUUCUUUUCACAUUUUUCUUAACUACCAGUGGUUCACAAAAAAAAAGUCCUGGUGGAAAGAAGCGGGCACUCUCCAAUUUAGGAACACCCUAUAUAGUCACUUCAAAACUGAAUAAACACUAAUAAAUUGCAAUUUGAAUGAAACACAUUAAAUUGUAAAACACAGCACACACAAUUUUUCGAUGUGAAUAACUCAGUUCAGUUCUUUGAUAACUGCAGUAUUAAAAUUUUUGUUGAGGAAAUGUUUAUACAUAAAACCGAAAACAACGGGUAAUAACAGUCGAUAAUAAACUCAUAAAACGAAAAAUGGCCCGAUUUAAAAGAAAAGUAAAAAGAGUCGUCUUUGAAAGAAUUCUGAUAUUUAAUAUUUUGGAAAUCUUGGGGGGGUAAUUAUCCCCAAUCCCCCCCCAUUUCUACGCCUUUGAUAGAUAUUGGGGAAUGUGAAUUUCUCUUUCAUUGUUUUUUUAGUGGACAAUAUAAAGAGGUGCUCUACAUUUUAUUUGUAGGUUUGUAGACAG